AUUGAAUGUGCGUGAAUAAGAGGAUGCGGAACAGUCAUAGCAAAUCGUUGUUUUUAAGUGCUUUAUUAAUUGCACUAUUUCGCGUUGGGUUGCAAAAUCCAAGUAAAAAAUAUUACAUUCCAAAUAUUAAAGUUAAUUGGCAUAAAGCGAAUGAAUUUUGUAACUCAAUCGGAAUGCAGUUAGUGGCAAUUCAGUCGCAGGAAAAAAAUGAUGCAGUAGCAGCAUUUGUCAAAAGUACCGACAAGUUUGAUAACGACGUAUGCGUCUUUUGGAUCGGGGGAACCGAUCUUGCUGAAGAAGGUGUAUUUUCAUGGACAGCCACCGGAAAGCUGGUCACGUACGAAAAUUGGUCCCUAGGUGAGCCUAACAAUACCAACGGGACGGAAGAUUGUAUGCAGCUGGUAUACAUACCAAAGUUUAAACAGUAUUGGAGCUGGAAUGAUAACAACUGCAAAACCCAUCGCUAUUACUUUAUUUGUGAAAACAACGAAUUGGAAUGUAUAUCGCAAUUUUGAAUUGCUGUUUUCAAAGUUUUGCUGCAAUAUCAAAACUAUAUUCAAGCCAUCAAUUUAAUUUUUCUUUUGAUAUCAUGUACAUUCUUUAAACUUGUAAUGGUCAAAGUUUUCACAGUACAGUAGCAGGUACUUGAUGAGCUAAAAUGAAACGAAUAAUUAAAAUAAAAUGUAUUUCUC